AGCUCAUUCUGCCGUCUGAGUAAUGUCAGACUUGGUUCAACCCUCCCCGACCGAUUUACCUUCCGAUCCGCUUCUCAAACACGGGGCUUUCAUUGACGCCAACGGUCAAAGCCAGUCUCCCAAUCUCACCAAAAUUCGCAGCGGUUCGAUUCCGAAUGGCGCCCAACCGGAUACACCGGAACCUGCCCCCGUCAACUCUUCGUCUUCGGCAGAUCCCAAGGCGAAGCGGCGCGUGGUGGCUCCGGAAUCUUGGUUGCCGCCUGGAUGGUUGAUAGAAGAUAGAGUUCGGAGCUCCGGCGCAACUGCUGGACUAGUUGAUAAGUAUUAUGUCGAACCAUCGUCGGGCCGAAAAUUCAGAUCUAAGAAAGAAGUUCUUUACUUUCUAGAAACUGGAUCUACCCCAUAUAAACGGAAGAAAGGAUCUGAUGCUUCAAGCAGUGAAGGACUUUCUACAGGGAAUUCUUUGGGAAACAAACAGAACAAGCCUGAUAAAAAACCGAAGCCUUUGAACUUUGAUUUCGUUAAUGUGCCAGAGAAAGUUGAUUGGUUACUGACCGAUGCCUGUGCGGACUACUGGACUGCCGUCCUUGGGAAUGAACCGGUGCCUGAAUCAACUAGACAAGAUUGGGCUGCUGCAUUUUUAUCCCUAAUAGCCAGCAAAAGUAGUCAAGCAAUGUUUUGAAGACAUUUCACAUCGGAUUUGAUUGACCACAUUUAUUAAACGCCUGGUUUCAUACUGACCAGCAUUUUCUAUAUCAUAUUCCAUCCCUAAUUGUCUUUGUUUCAGCGGUGAUCGCACGUUUCAUAUUAUCUUUGAUCGGACAAUUCAUACAACGGCCAGGCUCCUCAAAGGUUAAGACUUUGUAGUAAUUGAUAGACAUGUAAUUUUUUUUUUGCCCCUUUACUCUGUUCAUAUGUAGCCUGCUGCAUGUAGCCUAGAAGCUUCUUUCAAAGUGUCUUUGUUGUUUAAAAAACUCUGAACACAUGGUGGUGUUUAAAUUUUAAGAAAAUGAAAUGCGAGAGGCGUUGAUGGGUA